CAUAAGAUGGUAGGGGAAGAACAAGUUGCUUAAUUUGCGCAGUUAUUAACAUUACAGUCCUUCAACUUUGUCGUCAUUGAAACAGGGUUAUGGAAUAGGAUUUUACCUUUAGGAACAUGUCAGUGGAAAAUACGUACUCUCCACCGCCGGGUCUCGGCGAAGAGAUGGGACCGAUCAUCGGAGCAUUAAAAGAGGGUAGCGCCAUGACAAGGUACUAUUCUAAAAGGCAAACACCGGAUUUGAGGAUUUUCAUGUUGAAGAUGGAAGAGUUUCAAGUUGUUUGGUGCAGAACUGGCAGAGAAGGAGGCAGAUUGGAGGGCUCAGUUUUUAUUCGAGAAAUUAAAGAAGUUCGAAGGGGUUUAGGGUCGAAAGACUUCGACAGAAACCCCGAAUUAGCUCGCAGACUCGAUCCAAACUGUUGCCUCGCCAUCUUCUAUGGCAAUGAAUUCAAGCUGAAAACGUUAAGUUUAGUAGCACCUAGCUUUAAGGAACGAGAAUACUGGGUUAGAGGACUCGUUUAUUUGAUGUACGAAAGUCUGAUAGCGACACAAGAAGUACUCAUCCACAGGUGGUUGUUGAGAGAAUGGAAUGGUAUGGCUGCAUUGUCAUCUGCACCUAAAAGAUCCAUUAUUGAAACAGGAAAUCCAUCAGAAAUAUUAGAAAACUUCCUCCAGUGGUACUCUUGGUCUUUAGAACACCCAGUGUCUAUUGGCAUGAAAGAGCUCAGAGCAUUCUUCCAGCGUGCUAACAUCAAACUGAACAAUGCAAGACUUAAAGAGCUUAUCCAGAUUGCUGGAAGAGGGGAAGGGCACAUUGAUUUUGAGGGAUUUCGCAAAAUUUACAAUGAGAUAAUGACUGUUAAAGAUCUGACAAAAAGAUUUGGUGAUUAUAUAGAAAAUGGUACCUAUGUGCCUCUAGCAAAUUUUCAGAGAUUCCUUUUGGAAGAACAGGAGGAGCCUGGAGCUAAAGAUUUAGAGACUGUCAGAAGUUACAUGUUGGAGUACUUAGCAGAUGGAAGUAGGAGCUAUUCUGAACCUUAUUUCACUGUGUCUGAGUUUUUAGAUUACCUGAUGUCAAAAGGAAACAGUGCAUUUAAUUCCUCACAUUGUGAAGUUUAUCAGGACAUGACCAAACCACUCACAAGCUACUGGAUUGCUUCAUCGCACAACACGUAUCUGACAGGGGAUCAGUUUCAAGGUGAAGCAUCUGUUGAAGCCUACAUUCGUGCUCUGAGGAUGGGUUGCCGCUGCCUUGAAUUGGAUUGCUGGGAUGGGCCGGAUGGACAGCCCAUUAUUACACAUGGCCACACCCUUGUCUCCAGAAUCAAGUUUGUGGAAGUUGUUCGGGCAAUCAAGGACAAUGCAUUUGUUGCUUCAGACUACCCUUUGAUUUUGUCAUUGGAGAACCAUUGCAGCAUACCUCAACAGAAGGUCAUGGCACAGACAUUUAAAGACUUGUUUGGAGAUUGUCUUCUCACCCAACCAGUUGAUCCCCUUGAGAGAGAGAUGCCAUCCCCCGCUUCUCUCAAGCACAAGAUUAUCCUCAAGCAUAAAAAACUACCCAAAGAUCCCAACAAGGUCACAGAAACCAAUGUUGGUGAUACCACAUUGGAGGAUGAUCUGAGCCAGUCAGUGAAGAAUGGUUAUUUACUGUUAGAGGAUGAAAUUGAUCAUGGUUGGAAAAAGCAUUUUUUCUGCCUUACAAAGAACAAGCUGUUCUGGACAGAAGAGCAAACCAAGUCAGAGGAUGAUGAUGAUGACGAGGGAGCUGAUGGAAAUGGAGUUGGAGAAGCUAUCAUCUGGUAUCACCUAUCAUCAAAAGAUGAACUUCACUUUGGUGAAAGGUGGUUUCAUGGAAAGCUUCCAGAUGGACGCAAAGCAGCUGAAAACCUUUUGAAACAGUUUAAUCGUGGGGAUGGAUCUUUUCUUGUGCGAGAGAGUACGACCUUUGUUGGAGACUUUUCACUGUCUUUCUGGCGUAAAGGGAGAGUCCAGCACUGUCGGAUCAAAUCCAAGCAAGAGAAUGGACAAACAAAGUACUACCUUGUUGACCAAGUGACAUUUGACAGUUUAUACAGCCUCAUCAACUUUUACCAGACUCAUCCACUAAAAAGUAUGAACUUUGAACUCACGCUGACAGAUGCCAUUCCACAGCCAAAUGCGCAUCUCGAAAAAGAUUGGUACCAUGACAAUCUAAAAAGAGACAAGGCAGAAGACAUGCUGAAGAGGGUCAGAAGAAAUGGAGCCUUUCUUGUGAGAAAGAAAGAGUCUGACAACCCAGCAGCCGAGCAAGAGCAAGCAGAAAACAAUCCAGAGUCACAGAAUGAUGAAUCUUCAUUUGCCAUAUCAUUUAGAGCUGAAGGCAAGAUUAAGCACUGCAGGAUAAAGCGGGAAGGCCGAUUGUAUACGAUAGGCACUGCUCAGUUUGAAAGUUUGGUAGAAUUGGUUGAAUUCUACAUGAAGCACCCUUUGUAUAAAGGAAUGAAGCUCAAGUACCAAAUCAAUGAAGAAGUGUUGUCUAAAGUGGGUCAGUCUCCAGAUGAAGAUGCAAUUUAUGGAACUGGAGAUCAUUAUCAUGAACCCAACCAGUUUAUCACAAAGGCUGCAUGCAGGGCAUUGUGGGAUUAUGAAGCUCAGAAUCCAGACGAGAUGUCAUUUUGCAGAGGUGCAUUUAUCACUAAUGUCAGCAAGGAAGAUGGAGGAUGGUGGAUUGGUGAUUAUGGAGGACAGAAACAGAAGUUUUUCCCAGCUAAUUACUGUGAAGAGAUAAACUAUGUUGCAGAGGAUGAACAAAACAUCAAUCCUCAGAAUGAUAAUACUGAGAAUCAUGAAAUGUCACCUUUGGGGGAUCUUCAGAAAGGAAGUAUAGACCUCCAGGGAUGUAUAGUUGAAAAUAUAGCAAGUAAACCAGGACAGAGGCAUGUAUUUCAGAUUGCCAAACGUGAUGGUCAGAUUUUACUUGAACCUGCAGCAGAAUCACAGGAGGAUUUAGCUGAUUGGUUACAAGCACUUCAACAAAUGGCAGAUAAAAGAGAAGCAAUGGUUCAAAAAAUGGUGCGUCAGUCAAAUCUGAGUCAAGAGCUGUCUGACUUGGUGGUGUACUGUCAGUCAGUACAAUUUGACAUUGGAAAUGUAUCUGGCAAACAUUAUGAGAUGUCCUCAUUCCCUGAAACAAGACUGGAGAGAUUUUUUGGGAAGAGGUUAAGCAGAGAAUUUAUCAAAUAUCACAGAAAACAGUUUAGUAGAGUUUAUCCCAGAGGGAGCAGAAUUGAUUCCUCUAAUUAUGACCCAGUGAUGAUGUGGAACCACGGGGUACAGCUGUGUGCUCUCAAUUAUCAAACACCAGAUCGAGCCAUGCAGUUGAACCAUGGGAAAUUUUUGGACAAUGGAAGGUGUGGUUAUGUGCUUCAUCCAGAGUGCAUCAGAAGUGACACAUUUGAUCUGUACAACCGAGAUGCUUCUGGAGCAGAGCCACUGACUCUUACUCUGACGAUCAUUGGAGCAAGACAUCUUGUCAAAUCAGGUCGUGGAAUAGCAUCUCCUUUUGUGGAAGUUGAGAUAGUUGGAGCACCCUAUGACAACACCAAAUUCAAGACAGAGACAAAACCGGAUAAUGGUUUGAACCCUGUUUGGUGGGUCAAGUUUGAUGUGGAUGUUAUCAACCCCCCUUUGGCUUAUCUUCGGUUUGUUGUCUUUGAUGAAGACAUGUUUGGUGAACCUAACUUCAUUGGCCAUGCAAUAUUUCCCAUGUGCAGUCUGAAGACAGGAUACAGAUCUGUCCCAUUGAAGAAUGCAUACAGUGAGGAAUGUGAACUUAGCUGUUUACUGGUCCACAUUGACAUCAGAAGUGCAAUGGGUGGUGAUGAGAACUUGUAUGCAUCAAUUCAAGUUCUUCGAGAUCGUGUAGAAGAAAUAUCCAAUACCAUGGAAAAUGAAGAACUGAGAGCUCGUGCAACCAUUGCAAGUUUGCUGACGCAGCAGAAUGGGCCCAUGUCACUGGAGGCACAGCAGAGAAUCCAAAAUGAUCAUCAGCAUCAAAUGGAGAACCUUGGCAAACAGCUCAGGCAGCAACAAGAUGACUUACGUAGACUGCAGAAAGAAAGAGCCGCUAGAACUCCAGGCCGUGUUAUGCUAUCAAAGCCGAACCGUUACACAAGGAAUUCUUCAUCUUAAGCCCAUCAUUAUGAUAGCUGGAGUGCAGUCUAUUUUAGUACAAUUAUUAUUCUUAACAAAAAUUGUAGAUCCAGGAAAGGUUAAUAGUAGACUUUGACUAUGUUAUGCUUGUUACUGAUAGACCUAAAUGUGAAUGUAUUUAACUUUUAGUAAGUUACAUUUCUUUUGCCUUGAUUGUUUAGAGGUAGAAAUGUGCCUGAAUAUCUCCUUAAAAUUACUUAGCCUUAUCUGCACUCUGAAUGAAUUGAAUUUGAAAUAUUACAUGAAAUUGUGAGCUAUCAUUAUGCAGAUAGAAAUUUGUCAGAAGGAACAGUCAUGGUGAUUGUUGAUGAAAAUAAUGAGUUGUUCAUUUUCUGUGCCAUAAAAUGUAAAUAUGAACACAAAAAUAACAUCUGAAAGGAAUUUAGAGCCAAUGUUAGUCAUUAAUAUAAUUAGAGAAUAACAGAGUGCUAUUUCAUGAGUAGCCAGGGUUAUUUCAUUUUGGUUAUCAGGUAUUCCUGUGAACUGAUCAUCAGUUUUGAUUUUGAUAUAUCAGAUAAGGGAAAUUGUGAAAUAUCCUCUGUGCUGUAUUUGCCAUUUGCUUUAGAGAAUACAUGACUUAUCAAUAAGAGAAAAGGCAAUAAUGUUGCAAAGAACACAAUUAAUAGUCCUUUUUAAAGUUGUGGGCUUGGUUGCCAAGCCUUUGAACAGGAGUGAGGCUAAGGGUGACCUUGUUAUAAUACAAAUGUUGCUGCUUUUCAAAUGUAGAUUACUCUGUUAUCAGGCUACAACUAGAUACUGGUCAAUGUCAUGUUCAGCCUCACUCCAAUCAAAGGCUUGGCAACUAAGUACACAACUGUAAAAUGGCCUAUUGUUUUAAUUGAUGCAUGCAGUAUUAUUCAACAUUAUGUCAACUGUGCCAACAUUUUUGUGUGAAAACGCAUAAUAUAUACAGUGUCAGACAAAUAACAUGGAUAAGCUUCACAUUUCAUAUACCACAAAAAUUGACUUUUCAGUCUAGUUUGUAGCUAUCAACUUUAAUUUUGGACUUGAAGUCUGCUUUACAAUUUGAGAUAGACUUGUGAGUAAUCUCUUACUGAGGGAGCACAAAUUAAUGGACAGGACAUGUUUUAUGUGAAUAUACAAUGGGUUCAAUCAUUGAUGGCAUUUGUCCUUGACACUUGUUAAUUGCAUGAGUCAGUGCAUGAAAUUCUGUCAUUAUGAAGCUAGUCAGUAAACUUGAUUCAAUCACAAUGGAUGCUUGUGAGUAGACAGCCUUUCUUAUGAGUUUUAUUCAAACUCUUUACAUUCCUUUGAGAUGCAAGCCGUCUGGUAAUUCAAGCUUUUACUCUGUUCUAGUUUGUUAGAUGAAGUUUGUAGGCUAUUACUAAAUAUUUGGGUUGAUCUUGUGCAUUAAUUUGGUGUUUUGACAUAUUGCCCUCUGAUAAUCAAACAUUUUGUUUUCAAAUGUUCACCUGGGUGAGAAUGAUGAGGUGAUCUCAUAUGGGUUGGGUGUGGAAUUUUGGAACAAUAUCUAACUCAGGGUGGAGGAGAAAGUAAAUUUUGGAACACAUCUGAGGUUCAGUAAGGGUAGAUAAUUACAUUUGCAUCAGUCUUAUCAAAGUCAACAAUAGAAGAAUUUAAUGAAUCAGUAUGUUUGUAUAUGUAAGACCAAAAUCACUUACUGCUGGAUGUAAUACAGCAAUUAUAUGAGGAAUGAUAAGACAGAUGUUUCCUGGUAAAUUUGUUAUUAAGAAGCAAUCAUUGUCAAGUUAAUGGCCAAGAUGCAAAAAUUAAAGCCAAGUCACAUUAUAUUU